GCAAGAUCAAUAAAACACAGAAAAGUAUUUGAAUCCAAAACAAAUACAUAUUUGACUCGGGUCUCGUACCUUGCGAUUUACAUAUUUGAAGUGUCACUACCAGAAAAGUCAUCUGGAACGUUGGCUGUGUUUAUAAUUUAAAUAAAAAUAAAAAAUAAACCUUUCACCUGUCAUCGGCAACCGCAACACGUGCGGCCUGCUAUGAUUUCACCUUAUUGCCAACACUAAGCCAUCUGGAAAUGCAUGCUGUUUGCACUACAGUACCCAUGAAUCUUGUAAGAGCGAAAGAAACCGAAAGAAUACUUCCCCAUUUUCAUAAAAAAGACUUUGUUGAUCAAUUUACCUAAUCACCCCCCGCGUAUGCAGCAGGAAUAAUUUUUACACUUUCUGUGUACCAAACCUUAUACCAAAGCAAUAUACUCGGAGUGGAAAAUAAGCAAAAUAGAUCGACUGGAAAACUGCCAUUCUUUUGGUGGUCCCAUCAUAAAUUGUUCUCAUGUUUAUCAGCCUUUGGCUAUGAACAUACAAUGCAUUUCAUUUGAUGCUUUUUACAAUUCAGUUUUAAUGUCAGCAACAGUUAAGUUGCCCGUAGGCAAAACAGACUAUUGUGUAUCUGGGUAUAACGCCUUCAGUAUGGAAACAACUGCUUACAUUUUUUUUAUGAGAAGGUUGUGGAUUGUUGCUGUUUAGAACAUGACAUAUUCUCGGAGGUAUAUUCAUCCAGUUAUCCAUAUACCUUACUUUAUUUUGUUGUUCCAAGAAAGACGUGCUGUAUGUUUACAAUCGGUCCAUUAUGAGUCACUGGGAGCGAAUGUUGUAGAAAACGGGAACAAUUUGGUUCAGAACCAUACUAAAAAUCGGUCUGCUCUAAGGAGAACAAAAAUAACAUUUUCAGUGCACAAAGGUCGCUUAGUUAUCAGAGAAGGGACGUAGCCUGCUAACCGAUAGCCAGCGAACCAUUUAUACACGGGUUGGUCACCAAUCGCCUAUAGUUGAGUGAGUUAAUGGAACAGCCCGGCCUUGUGCGCACGUAUGUGAAUUCGAAAUGCAAACAGGAAAUCUCAAGUCAGACCAGAUUCCUAAUAUUCUGCACAUUUAGACUUUUUGGAGUUGCCGCUGUAAAUUCGGUAAAAGAUAACCACCAGAGGGCAUAGUGGAUUUUGAAAUUGCUAAAUUGGCUCGGAAUGAGUGCGCGCGAUUUACAAAUUGCGUCGGUCCUGGAAGGGUUGGUACAUAUUGGGAUUGGGGGUGGGCGGUGCCGGACCUUAUAGGGCAAUUUAUAGCUACUAUACCGUCAAGUUGUGAAGUUGAAUUUAUAGAAGCGAUUCGUGUGUUGUCCUGCGCUAAAGUCAAACCUGCAACAUUUUAGUUUCAAACCCACUCGCUAAUGUAGCCUAUAUUGAACAACUUGCAAUAAUGAACAUCUGAUGCGUCUUCGAUCACCUUAUUCCCAUUGCACACAAUGCACAGGCUUCCUCGACAUCAGUUUUGCUUGCGAACAAAACAUAUGAUUCACAUUAAUUGUUUGCGUGCCAUUGAUGGAAGGACAGCGCGUUGUAUUGUCAGUCUGAUCAAUAAUGUAUUUUACUCGGGGGUGAUUUUCCAUUGUCACAGCACCGUAGCAAAAGAAGAGCACACACAGCUUAGAAAUUGUACCCCUUGCAUCUAAUGAUCAACGUGACAUUUCAUUUAUUAUUUAGAUCCGUGGGGGGUUCUUGUUUCGCCACCCCUCAACACAACUUUUCCAUUUAGUGUUCUGGGGACCUUUCGGCGGAAGACAUCUGUAACCUGCGGACAGUGGUGUCUUAUGUUGUCUACAACGCGCAUUUGGAAACAUAUCCCUUCGAUAGUUCUGUAAGGGUAAGUAGGUAUACCUACUCAUAUGUGAAUGAAAAUCUUUGAGUCUGUUGACACUGUAACAGUGAGCUGAGCUGCAGUGCGAUUAUAAAACACGGUGGAAUACCAAACAUUACUUAAACACCCAGUCAGGUUUAUAUUGUAUAGGAAGCACAGUUAUGUCCGUUCGUCGCAUUUAUUUCACCUAAAUUACUUGCGUGGCUGGGUGUCAGAGCGAUUGCAGUUCUUAAGUCCUUUUAGAUUAAAACUACUUUUAUUGUUUGUGACCGAUAACAGCUAAAUAUAAAAUUGAGUGGAGAAUGCACCUUGAUUCGCUGGGCAUAAAUCCCAGUGUUUUUUAGACCGAAUAGUCUACACGACAGUGGACAUUGUAGCCUAAGCAGCUACUGCGUGUGACUGCCUGUAUGACUGAGCUGUGCUACAUACGCCAAGACCUGCCGCUCCCAUUGCGCUGAUCUCUUUUUAAAAAAAUACAUAAUGCAUUGGCAUCACUGGAUCCGUUGGCAUUCCGUCACAAUUUCCUCGCGGAAGUACUGCUCUCCUGUACAGUGACCCACCUGGUGUACAACUAACCUUCCCACGGUGUCUCAACAAUGACCGGUCGCUGUACUCUGCAGUAGCCUAUUGUAAGGAAGUUUAGUUCCUCACUGCGCACGUAACGUCCUUUUUGCAGACAUCCGUGCCAGAGGGCAAAUAUUUCUCCCAGGGAAGGUGGGCUCCCCUUACGACAACUGCCUCUGUUUUGAGUGAGACAUGAAAUGUGAGGCCUCCUCUGUGGUUGGUUGUGCUCUUCAAAAGAUGCUCAGCGUCCUCGCCCUUCUGUUCGUCGGCCACUCUCUGGCCGUGGGCUCCAAACGGUGUCCUCCCGGCUGCCUCUGCUGUGAUUCCUCAGACCUGGUGAAGUGCCGGGCCAAAGGCUUUGACAAGGUGCCCCAAGGCCUGCCCCAUGGCACCUGGUUCCUGGAUCUCGGGGCCAACGACCUGGUGAAACUGGAGGCCAACGAUUUCGACCACCUGUGGUUCCUCAAGGUUCUGGUUCUGUCCAACAAUAGACUCAAGGUCCUACUGAGCAAGGCAUUCUGCAACCUGUCCUUCCUGGAGAGGCUUGACAUGAGCGACAACAAGCUCCGGCAGCUCCCCCCGGACUUUUCCGAGUGCCUGGGUGCUCUGCGGGAACUCCGGCUGGUCAGGAACGUCCUGGAGCACCUGGAGCCUCCCUGCCUGAAGAAGCUGGAGAGCCUGGAGAAGCUGGACCUCAGCUACAACCGCUUACGGACCGUGGCGCCGGACGCCCUGUGGGGGCUGACCCGCCUGCGCCACCUCUAUCUCCAGGGCAACCAGCUGACGACGCUGCACGACGGCAGGCUCACCAUGCUGCUGAGCCUGGAAGUGCUGUUGCUAGGCAACAACAGCAUCUCUGAGAUCGAAACCGAAGCCCUGGUGUCCCUGCCCGGCCUGUCCUUGCUGGGCCUGGAGGACAACCGGCUGGGCCAACUCAAGUUCAAGACCUUCCACAACCUGCAGACGCCGGGCACGCACCUGCGUCUCUCCGGCAACCCCUGGAGCUGCGACUGCGACUUGCACCACGCCUUCAGCAAGCUGCAGAGCGUGCGCCACCUGCACGUGGACGACUACAAGCAAGUCACCUGCCACGAGCCCGCCCAGCUGGCCGGGGAGCCGCUGGCCAGGGUGGAAAGCCAGCUGUGCGUGGCCGAAACCGCCACCGUCCUGGUCAUCACCAUCACCGUGCUGGUCACCGUCAUGGCUGCCAUCGUCAUGGCCGAACGCAACCGCAAGAAGGGCUGCGAGUCCGAGUCUGAUUCGGACUUCCAGGAGAAGUGACCGUACUGGGGACCUCGUGGUUUCAGGGGAGCAGGGAAUUGCGUCGCCAAAUCGGCGUUGACAGUCACAGGACUUAGGCAACCAGACCCUUACUGCAUCUUUCUUCGGCUCUUGCUGUGACUCUGGACUGAGCCGUUCUGAAGUGGCUUCCUGGCUUGCCAAGCAUUUUAAUUAUUUAUUUUUUUUAGGUUGUGGAAUGUUCUGUUCUCAUGGCUUUGUCAGGUUUUCUUCCAUUAAAAUGUGAUAAUAGA